AUGUUGUGGUACACGCAGCUCUGGAACGAUUUAGUGGAGGGUACCAAGGGUACAAUUACAGUGAAAUGGCCGAUAAAUUAUAUACCAAUGGUUGGUGCGCGGGCGCCGCGUGACGAGGUACUCUGCUUCCGCGAAACGUCAUCUAGCGAUCGGCAAAUUGCGGCGAAUCACCGCUACACGAUCGAUGGAGUACCACUCCACUACACACUAGUGCAUCGCUACGUCGUAGCUGGAAUUGUUGUAAAUACGUCAAAUACUAGAAUGUCUGUCUCAGUAUGCUUUGUAGUACUCACUUGUGAAGAUGUAAGAGAAAAUCUGUUUCAAUUUGAACGUGAGUUAUGGCGGGUAGUAUGA